CUAAUUUGCAUAGAUUUCUUAGCUAUGUUUUGUUGCUACUUGCUGUAAGUGGAUACAUCUGGAAGGACAGAGUGUGUAGGAAAUUCCUAUACUAAUUGGGUAUAGGUGCUGUAAGUAUGGGCACUUCACAAGAAAUCAAGUCCUCCCUGGGGAUGGGGGUUGCCAUUGAGAUUAGAGCGCAUCGUAAGGAUGAUAAAAUCCCUUUUUAAAAAGGAAGGGGGUAGUAACAGUGGUUUAAAUUAAAAUGUUUUAAAAAUCAAGUUCAAAGUAAACACUGAGAGGCUUUUUACCAUUUUAUGGAACUUUAGGCAUAAAAAGUCUGGCUUGGCAAGCUAAGCUGUUCAAACAAUAGGCUACUGUUAGAAUAAUUCAAACUUUUAAGAACUGAUCUCUUUUAAUUAAUAGACCUUCCAAUUAAAAAAUUCCUAUAUGGUGGUAGCACAAUUGUUUUUGUCUCUUGACUGGGGCUCUCAGGCACUCCUGUGGAGUAAUUAUCAGUAGUACAUGCAGUGCUGUAUUUGGCUGUGUUCUUGGGAUUUUUUUGUAUGCAGGAUGAACAGGGUCCUGUGGGGUGCUCUUGAUAAGGAUGCUGUGUAAGAGAUUAGCUAAUUAUCAGUUUGUUAAUACUUAAACUGCGUUUUUAAGGGCAGGCCUAUGUGGGAAAACAAAGCACUGAAACUUUUGCGUGGUGCUUGUUUGCUAUAGCUACCAUGUGAGCGCUGUUCGGUAAUGUCUUCCCAAGGGGUGUCACCACAAGUGCUAAAACAGAAGACCUGUUUUUCUGUCCCUGCACAGGCAAGCCUUAGCAUUGAACAGUGUGUAUCAGACAAUAACUGGAAGCUUUGUCUUCCUCUCUCUGUGACCUCUGGUGUAUUGCCUAAAAGCUCAUGGUUAUGUUUCCUAGCUAAGCCCUUCUCUACCAGAGAAAUUAAAAUUUUCAGAGGUGCAUUGUGUUUUUUUGGAGAUGCUCAAGACUACACUGGACAUGGCAAUCUGAUCUGAUUAGAUCUACUUUGAUUAGAUUAUUUUCAGCAGUCUCUCCCAAUAUAAAUUAUUCUGUCAUUAAUGCAGGAAUUAAUAAAUUACAUGUUCUGUUUGGAUUGUGCAGAAAUAGAACUCAUCCUUUAUAACAAGCUCAGGACACUCAUCUCAUCUAGGUGUCAUUGCUACUCAUACUUUAGACUUUCUGCCUUGAAACUGCAAGCUAAACUGACUUUUGCAUGACCACACCUGUUCCCGUUAUUUGUCCAUAUUUGUGUCAGUCCCUUCUGUCAAAGAGCUUGGAUCCACUGCAAAAUUAUCCCUCUCUAGGGGCAGUGAAAGCAAAAUAUAUACAAAUUCCUUAGCAGUUUUGAGCAGAGGGAGUGAGAAGCUUUCAGCCAGGGUGAGUUUGUAUGUAACUUUGUUUGCUUUAAAACCAAAUUAUCUGUGCAGACUCUCCUCUUCCUGUAUAAAGAACAGUAGACAAUAAUACCUACCAUUGUAAAUAGGCAUUGUGUGCCAUUCUUAGAAGCUACAGUCAAUGAUUUCCUGAAAAAGCCUUUCUCUGAGCAGUCUGUUACAACAUGCAGCUUGUGCUAGGCUGGAGCUACGUGACAAAAAAUAUCUGCUGUGAAAUUUGAUAUAUCUUUAGAUAAUGUGAUCGAUUUUUCUUUUUUAUUAUUUUUUUCCAUGCUGAAACUGAUGCUGCUAAGCUGGGUGAAGUGGAGCAGUUACGUGUUCUUUAUUGAUACCAAGUUGUGCUUAAAAAUUAAAAUUGCUAAGUCAUCUUAGACAUACAUAGGUUCAGUUAAUUCCUACACAAGGAGUAUUGGGCAGAGGAAGUUAGCCAGUGCAUCUCCUGCCAGAAGCACAUGGAAUGAGGAGAAACAAAAACACAGUGAUUAAACUUUGAAGUCUAAUAAAUUUCACUGUACUAAAAGUGUUCUAGUAAACUUGCAUGCUCUGUUAAUGCCUGAGUAUGUUUUUGGAAUAUACAUCUAAUUUCUAAGUCUGUGAGUCAUGCUACAUAAAUGGUUUGAGGUCUUAGAUGAUUGCUGCCUAAUCUUCUGAAAGUGUGUUUUGUUAGAGUACUAAUGUUUUGUCCAGGAAUAGACUAUUUUUAUUUUUUUUUUAGUAAUGCUUCAUAUUCUUCCGUUAGCUGAACACCUGGCUGAAGUGUCAUGUCCUUCCUUUAUUGGGCUGAAGCCUCAGUCACACCUCUGUUGUGGACUUUGGAGCAGUGCCGUGUCCCUUUUUAGCCUUGGGGCUGGAUUGCUGUAACCCUGUCUACCUGGAGCUGCCUUCAACACCGUUGGUGUGUCAAUAGGUCAAAAAAUAACCCACGCUGCCAAGGUCUGUACCACCUGAGGAGGCUUAGUCCACACCAGAAAGAGACCUCGCGUACAUUUCUGCCUCCAAAUGCAGAACCAGCUGCUGGUCAAGCUGUGACACGGUGAAGGACAUCAGACCUGUGUCCCCCAGGUCCGCCACCAUCUUCAUAGCCAGUGGUUCUUGCUGUGGUCCUUGCAGCAGCCUGAAGUACUGCAGACCUCCAAUAAACAACAGAAUACUGCUAAUAAAGGAGGGGUUUGCUUCUAGAAUUUUCUUCUGGUGUGAUGUAUCCUGAUAGCCUAAGCUAACUGCUCUGAGCAGAUUUCUAGGUCUUUCUGAUUAAUGGGGCUAUUACUUCCUCCUGCAGUCCGGCAGUUGCCCAUUUUCUGUGAAGGGAUAAGAUUGCCAUAGCAAAUAAAUACAUUAUAUUCGUUCAGAUUAUAGCAUUGCCCACUGAUUGAGCGCCUUUCUAUAAACAGGGCUGUACAGUCUCUGCCAUAUGCUACAUACCAAACAAUACUCUUUCAUGCUCCAAUACAGCUUCCUUCCUUUUAAGAUAUUUUGAAAGCUGACAAAGAGAUUCUUGUAUUUAAAUGUUUAGAAGUGUGUCAGCUUUCACUCAUGGUGAAAGAUUUGAGAGGUGCCAAGGCACUAUUUUUAUUUUAGGCAGGACAAGACUUUGGUAUGAAAUUGUGGUAAGUUACUGUUGUCUUAAAUAUUCAGAAAUUAGAGUAUUUGUUUCUGACAUACAGUAACUUUCUCUUGAGUUAUUUUGACUAGUCUGAAUACUGAUAAAACUUAACAGAAGUUUUGCAAAAAUUGCAUUAUAAGGAGGAAGAGGUGGAGGUGCUUACCAAAUCCUUUGGACAAGCAGAAUGCAAAGAAACAUGUUUAGACCAUUGCAGCAGAGCCUUUCUUUUGUGUUUGGAUAAAGUGUCAUAAUCCAACACAGAAGCCCUGUCUUUUGGGCAGUCAGAUUUAAUGUCUUGACUAUAGAAAGUUGUGACCAAAACUGGUGCCCCAUCCCAGCAGAACUCUUCUGGCUGCCUUGGUUUGUUGUGAAGUCUUCUGAGCAUCCUCAAGCCAUUUAAUCCCUGAAUGGUUCCUGAUGACUGACCUCUGUGAGGUCUUCCCAAUGUCCUUUCUUGUCUCACUGCUAGUUGGGGAUGUAGUUUUCCUCAUGAUAGUCUAAUUAGUGUGGAUGUAGCUUAUCACUGUAAAUGUCCUACAUGUUCUGGAGAAUGCUAUUGUGUGUGCUAGGACUUAAUUGCAUUGUACAGUGUGGUGCUGCUUUUUUUUUUCCUUAAGUAAGCCCAGAGACAAAACCCAGUGGUUGCCUGCUCUGUAAGUCUUGCUCACUUUCAAGUGGGCACUGGGUUAUAUGUAGAAGGUAUCUGUUGUGGGAUGGUGGGAUGAGAUGUCCGUGCAGGAGGGCUUGAACAGAGUAGCAAAAGCCUUCUUCAGAAUAUGUAGAAAUGAGAAAAACAUUGUACUAUGAAAAUCCCCAGAGUGAUGUUCAGACUUCAGCGAUCUUAUCUUUGGAUAAUGUUUUGGUCCUGAUGCUGCUUUCAGGUGGAAGAAUCUGAGGCCUUUAUCCUCUGUCCAGCUUUGCAGUUUGGGUAGCCUCUGAUUUCAGACCUCUCAUCAUUUCCACCUGCCAACCUGUCUGAUAUGUCGGGACCCGUGCCGAGCAGGGCCAGAGUUUACACGGAUGUGAACACACACAGACCCCGGGAGUACUGGGACUAUGAGUCGCAUGUUGUUGAGUGGGGAAAUCAAGAUGACUACCAACUAGUUCGAAAAUUAGGCCGAGGCAAAUACAGUGAAGUGUUUGAAGCCAUCAACAUUACAAAUAAUGAAAAAGUAGUUGUUAAAAUUCUCAAGCCUGUUAAAAAGAAGAAAAUCAAGCGUGAAAUCAAGAUCUUAGAGAACUUGCGAGGCGGUCCCAAUAUAAUCACUCUUGCAGAUAUAGUAAAAGAUCCUGUGUCUCGGACACCCGCUUUGGUUUUUGAACAUGUAAACAACACAGACUUUAAGCAAUUAUACCAGACAUUAACAGAUUAUGAUAUUCGAUUCUACAUGUAUGAGAUUUUGAAGGCUCUAGAUUACUGCCAUAGCAUGGGAAUCAUGCACAGAGAUGUCAAACCUCACAACGUCAUGAUUGACCAUGAGCACAGAAAGCUUAGACUAAUAGACUGGGGUUUGGCUGAAUUCUAUCACCCCGGCCAAGAGUACAAUGUCAGAGUGGCUUCCAGAUACUUCAAAGGACCUGAACUCCUUGUAGAUUAUCAGAUGUAUGAUUACAGUCUGGAUAUGUGGAGCUUGGGUUGCAUGUUGGCUAGUAUGAUAUUCCGAAAGGAGCCAUUUUUCCAUGGCCAUGACAACUAUGAUCAGCUGGUGAGGAUAGCCAAGGUGCUGGGAACAGAAGAUCUGUAUGACUACAUUGACAAAUAUAACAUUGAACUGGAUCCACGUUUCAAUGACAUCUUGGGCAGACACUCCCGUAAGCGAUGGGAGCGCUUUGUUCACAGUGAGAACCAACAUCUGGUGAGUCCAGAAGCUCUGGAUUUCUUAGACAAGCUGUUGCGAUAUGAUCACCAGUCACGACUCACAGCAAGAGAAGCCAUGGAACACCCCUACUUCUAUCCCAUUGUGAAAGACCAAGCUCGGAUGGGCUCGUCCAACAUGCCGGGUGGCAGCACUCCUGUCAGCAGUGCGAGUAUGAUGUCAGGGAUUUCUUCAGUGCCAACACCUUCACCCCUUGGACCUCUAGCAGGCUCACCCGUCAUUUCUGCCACCACCACUCUGGGGAUGCCCGUUCCAGCUGCUGCAGGCGCUCAGCAGUAGUGAUGGGCUCUGUCUCCUGCUGCCUGAGCUGAGUCAGGUGGGGAAGAGGUUUCCCCCUCCACCUCUCCUCAGGACGCAGCUCGUGCCUGGCAGGGGAAGGGAGGGGAUGAACGCUUUGGAGGCACCGUGUCUGAACUGUUGCUUGUGGAUUUAUAGUAGUUCAGUCAUUAUAUACAAAAUUAUUAUAGGCUGAUUUUUCUUUUUUUACUUGAACUUUUCGUAACUCAGGGGAUUCCCUGAAAAUACCUACAGAUGGAAUAUUUCUCGGACAGUUUUUCCCCCCCCGCCCCCUCCCAAAAAGUACUCUUCAUUUAAGAACAAAGAUGAAUCAACAGCAUUUCCAAGCUCUUGCAUCCUGCUGGAAAUCUCUUCAUGUUCCCACCAUUACUCCUCCAUGAGCCUACACCUUGGGGGAUUGUGCUGUUCUCCAGAGACUACCAAACCAAGUCUUCGUGAGGCAGGGGAGGGGGAUUCUUAAAGUACCACUCACUUUAACCCCAUGUCCUGCAUAUGACUCAGCUGGGGUACACUGAGGAGACAAUUCCAGCAUGGAGAGGUGUGGUAUAAGCUUAAAAGGAGUAAGUGCAGAUAAUGUCUGAAACCCUAAUUGGAUUGAAUCAUGUCUCUUGAGGAGCCAACCAGAAUGCCAACUCACCCCCUUGCAUGUAAUUUUAGUCUUAAAAGAUGGAGUUACUGAUCCAAUUGGAGUCCUUGCCACCUCCUUGGAAAGGCGCUCCUGUAGAGUGAGCUGUACUCUAAUCAGCCCCUUUCUCAUGGAUGGUUCUUCCUGCCAUUGCUUGGCUUGGAUCUCUGGAAUUAGUUUGUUAUUGGGUAUAUUGUUUUUAAAUUGUUUAUAUAGGUUUCAAGCUGGUGGCUACUUAAAGCUGGAAAAAUCAGACUGCGCCAAGUCCGAUAUCACAUCUUCACCCACCAUCCCCUCCCUCACGUGCCAUGUGGUGAGAAUACCAGUUACCUCACAGUCUUGUAAAUAUGCACUGAGAGGAAGGAGCGAGCAGAUGUUAACUUAAACUGAUAUGGUAGAUCAGUAAUUGUGGACAAAUAUUAUCAUUGACAACGGAAAAGCACCCUUGUUACAGCCCUGCUACCCCUUGCUGUGUAUAUAUACUUUGUCCUUCAUAUGUGAAAGAUCCAGUGUUGGAAUUCUUUGGUGUAAAUAAACAUUUGGUUUUAUUUAUC